AUGGCGGGUUGAACCGCUCUGGCUUUCCGGAGCUCCCAACAGAAGUUUGAAGUAUACGAUACAACAAUUAUAUAGGUUGACAGUAAAUAUAGUAACGAAGACAUCAAAUAUUGGUCUUUUGUAAAGCCCAUGAAACGGAAGUUGGGAUUGGAGCAGUGCAGUGCUAUCUGUAGUGAAGAUUGCGGGAUCAUGGAAGAUGAACCACUGCUAUGCUAAGAUGGCGACGUCCAGUCAAAGAGAAGGUGGAAGAGAAUCAGCGCCACCAACUCCCAGCAAAUCAUCAACGGAGGAAAAGCCCCAAACUGCAGAUAACGGUAUCAGCGGUGUCGACUACACAACUUUUCUCUCGGCGAGCUGUAUCGAGUCAUGGCAGAAAUGACGCGUGUGAGCACCGGUGUCAGAAAUGCAACAGCAAUCACAUCGACAAGCAGAUUGUUUCCAACCACGCGCGUUUACUACUCACCACGCGCACUAUAUGUCCAGCAGCUGAUUGGUUAUCAAGAAGAAUGUUGCCCUCACCCGAAGGAGCAGAGCUUCACCUUGAAACGGGAUUUUCCACAGCUUCCCCGUGUUAAAGAGGAAGAGGAGGAACUCUGGAUCACUCAGGAGGGGGACAAUCUUCUAGGGCCAAAGGAGGCUGAUCUCACCAAGUUGUCACUGACUGGUGUCUCUGUGAAGACUGAAGACCAUGAAGACAAACAACCUGAGUCCUUACGUUGGUUGUUUCCUUCAGAUGUCCAACAGCAGAUUGGUCAUCAAGGAGAACAUCCCCCUCAGCCACAAGGGGCGAGGUCCACUUUGAAGCAGGAGGAUUCACAGCCCUCCCAAGUUAAAGACGAAGAGGAGGAACUCUGGAUCACUCGGGAAGGAGAGUAUCUUCUAGAGCCGAAGGAGGCUGAUCUCACCAAGAUACGGCUGACUGUUGUCUCUGUGAAGACUGAAGAUGAUGAAGUUAAACCACCUGAGUCCUCACAGCUUCAUCACAGUCCAAGUGAGGAGAAUAGAGGGGCGGAGCCUCCAAACAGAAGCUCACCACAACACAUGACAACAGAAGCUGAUGGAGACCACUGUGGAGGAUCACAAGCAGACAACCUCUUAGCUCCACUAUCAGAUAGUGACGACACAACAUCACACUCUCCUGAGGGUGAAGACUGGGACGACACCCAAGAACCUUUGAGCAGUGAUACAGAUAUUGAAGGUGAUAUGAGGGCUCACACUGACAACAAACACUCUGAAUGCUCUAAAAAGAAGACAGGGAAGAAACGUUUCACCUGCUCAGUUUGUGCUAAAAGCUUUUCGCAGAGGACUAAUUUCACUCGACACAUGCGCACACACACAGGAGAGAAACCUUUUGCUUGUUCUGUUUGUGGUCAAAGAUUCUCUCAAAAGUUUACUAUGUUAUCACAUAUGACAACCCACACAGGGGAAAAACCUUUUAAUUGCUCAGUUUGUGCUCAAAGAUUCUCUCGAAAUUCAAAUAUGGUAAGACAUAUGAGAACACACACAGCAGAAAAACCUUUUGCUUGUUCUGUUUGUGGUCAAAGAUUCUCUUAUCAGUCAAAUAUAGUACCACACAUGAGGAAACACACAGGAGAAAAACCAUUUGCUUGUUCUGUUUGUGGUAAAAAUUUUGUUCACAAAGCAAAUAUGGUAUCACACAUGAGAAAGCACACUGGAGAAAAACCCUUUCGUUGCUCAGUUUGUAGUCAAAACUUUUCUCACAGACACAAUUUGGCUUAUCACAUGCUGAAACACACAGAAGAAAAACAGUUCGCAUGUUCUGAUUGUGGUCAAAGAUUCUCUCAAAAGUGUGCUCUGGUAUCACACAUGAGAAUGCACACGGGGGAAAAACCUUUUUGUUGCUCAGUUUGUGGUCAAAGAUUCUCUCGACAUGAAAGUAUGGUAAAACACAUCAGAACGCACACAGGAGAAAAACCGUUUCCUUGUUCUGUUUGUGGUCAAAGAUUCUCUCAAAAGUGUGCUCUGGGAUCACACAUGAGAACGCACACAGGAGAAAAACCUUUUAGUUGCUCAAUUUGUGGUCAAAGAUUCUCUCGAAAUGCAACUAUGGUGUCACACGUGAGAACACAUACAGGAGAAAAACCUUUUAGUUGCUCAGUUUGUGGUCAAAGAUUCUCUCGAAAUGCAACUUUGGUAUCGCACAUGAGAACGCACACAGGGGAGCAACCUUUUGGUUGUUCUAUUUGUGGUCAGAGAUUCUCUCGAAAGUCAAAUAUGGUAGUGCACAUAAGAACGCACACAAAAGAAAAACCUUUUAGCUGCUCAUUUUGUAGUAAAAGUUAUUCACAAAAGAACAGUUUGACCGUACAUAUGCAGACACACAAUGGACAAUAAACUUUUUUUGUGUCGAGUUUGUGCUAAAAUAUUGGCAAAUCAUGGAAGUGUGAUGUCUCAUGAGAAGAUGCCUAGACAUUGUUUGUGAUGUGUGUGAUACCAGAUUCCCCCAAUAGCCUAUUAUGCUGCCAAUAACAACAGUUACACAACUUUGAUUGGUUCAGAAUAACAUGGAUUUUGUGUCCUUUUUAGGACAAUUGUUGUUAUGUUUUUUUGUAAGUAUUUGUACUUUUAUCUCCUGUCGUAACCUUUCUAAAAUGUACUUUUUCAAAGUCCUGAGUCCAGAUGAAUAAACCAGGACUGGACCUUUAUUGGAUUUCAAUUUUUUUUGCCUCAUUUGUACUGUCACUGUUCCAUAAUGUAUAUUGUACUGCAAAAAUAAUAAUACAAAAUA